UUGUCUCUGCUGCCUCCAGAACCAAUGGAUUCUAAGUUGCCUUUACACCACAGGAAAACACAAAAAACCAUGACCUGCUACCUUGUAUUUUGACCAUUAAAUUGAUUCAAGGUCUUCUUUUUCUAUGUUCUCUUUUCCCUUCUCAAUAUCUAUCCAAGAAGAAGAAACCCGAAAAUGGCUACUUCUGCAUCUUGUAGUAGUACUGAGUCAGCACUCAUGACAAAAACAUUGCAGGGUAGUAGAAGAAGGUUCAGAGCACCAAUUGGUUUAAGAGUUUCUAUGCCACGUAAACUAAAGCCAUUCAAUAGAAUCCGAGCUUCUAUGGUGGACUCAUCUGAUUUUGUUAGUCGCAUGGAAAAAACCUGGUUAAUCUCCCAGGUAUUAUUAGAUGGAGGGAAUAAUAAAACUGCACAAGUCCCUUGGCCUAAUAUGCUGCAACCACGGCCAAUUGUUUGUUUGUCUUGCAACUCAAAGGGGCAUACUGAAUGCAAAUGGUGUGGAGGUACUGGUUUCUUCAUUAUUGGUGACAAAAUGCUCUGUGAAGUUCCAUCGAAAAAUACCAGCUGUAUUAUUUGCAAUGGCAAGGGAUCCAUGUGUUGUUCUAAUUGUCAAGGAACCGGCUUUCGCGCAAAGUGGUUGGAAGAACCUCCAACUUCAAAGUAGCAAAGAUACCAUGGACAAUGCUAUGAUGCAAAGGAUUGGACUUAAUGAAUUAUACAUAGUAAUCUACUCGCUGAUGAUUCAAAGUGCAUUGAAGGGGUUUCAAAACAGGGCAACAGGCAUACAACAUUAAGUUGUGAGAUAACAAAGUAAUACAUCAUUAACAUGUGUCUAUGUUUCAUGUCAAGAGGAUUGUAUAACUAACUUAUAAGAGAUGCCGCUAAGCUUCAACAACAGAUUAUAUCUGCAGUGAAAACCAUAUUGUUCUGCUGCUUUUGUUUUGAAUUAUAUAAUGUCUUUUACAUGUUAUUGUUUCUUUUUUUUUUCUGUCUAAUUCUGAUUGAACUAUCAGAAUUUGAGUCCUAUUACUAGACACAAACCUGAGCUAGCUGGCACUUACAUAUAGUUCUAGCGGGAGAUCUUGCCAUGUAACAAGAUUCUGUUUCCCUGAAUAAGCUUUCCAACCUGUUGCA